AUGGAGAUGUUAGGUUCGAUUGUUGGAAACAUAAUAUCUUUAGUAGGAAAAUAUUGCAAUUAUCACAUAGAGGCUGAUGAACAUGUGAAGAAUCUCAAGAGAAAAUUGGAAUUAUUAGAAAGCCGGGAGGAAGACAUUAAAUCAAAAUUGGAUUUAGAACUUCGCCUAGGAAAGAAACCAAAGCAAGAAGUUAAAUUUUGGCUUCAAAAUGUAGAAAAAAUUAAGGAUGACAUAGACAUUGGACAAGAACCUGCCAGAUGGAUGUUAACCUCACAUAUGCAGAGAGGAGAACGUGCCCUUAAGAAGACAAAAUUGGUGGAAGAACUUUAUCAAGCUAGUGAUUUCACUGAUGGUUUGGUUAUUGAUCUGCCCAAAUGCAUUGGGAAAAUGAUGCCACCACCGACCUUAGUGGGAGAAAGCACAGCCCACAGAACAAAGGAAGAUAUUUUGGCAUGCUUGUUAGAUAAUGAUGUUGGAAAGAUUAGUGUUUAUGGCAUGGGUGGCAUUGGCAAAACGACUGUCAUGAAAGAAGUUAAUAAUUUCUUAUUAAAUGAGUCAAACAAAUUUGAAAGUGUAAUUUGGGUGACUGUAUCAAAGGAAUUUGAUCUUAUCAAACUACAAAAUGACAUUGCCUGCAGGUUGAAAUUAGAACUCCCAAAGUUUGAGGAUGAAUAA